AUGACGAAACCAGGCCAAACACCAUGCAAAAAAGGAAGCAAAGGAAAAGAGAGAGAAAUAGGACCAAGCCAGACCCUAGACUCUAAAAACGGGCAAAAUAAGCCGGUACGCUGCAGGGCUUGGAAGAGCAGCACGAAAACAGAUAUAUUGAGGAAUUCCCAGCCGAUAAGGCAGAAGGGAAAGGGGAAAGAGAACAAUAUCCAAGAAUAUUAUCCCAAAGACCAAAACCCACCGGAGCACCACCACCCCCCAAGUCCCAACAAUAUCAAUAAAAGAAGAGGACUCCCCCCUGACCCCGACACCCCCGUAUCAAGCUGGCCGGUCCCAGGGUAA